CAUUUGACCUGCACUAUCACAUGUUUAAGUCCUCAUUUUCCCAAUAAUGAUAGACAAGUUAAUUUGUAGAUACCCCUUAAAGUUAAAACAACCCAAAAAAGACAAGGAAAAAAGAAAAAGGAAGACAAAAAAAAUACAACUUUUUUGUUUGGAAAAUGUGGUCAAAAUAAGGACAAAGAAUGUGAACGUACUUGAUUUCUUUUCUUGUCUCCUUCAUUACAUCACAAAGUAGGGACAGAGAAAGAAAGGGAGAGAAAGCGAGCAAAUAGAGAGAAAGACAGAGAGAAAAAAAAAAGGAGCAAUUUUCUAUCUUUGCAUGUCCAUGCAUGGUUGAAACAAUACAUUUUGUCAAUGAAAACAGAUCAAAUCCAUCAACUUUUUUGCUACUUAUUUCUGAUUAACACAAAAAAUAAUUUAAUAAUAUGCUAAAAUCCAUGUCAAGAUCGAGAAGAAAUUAAAAGGACAAUAACAUGAAGGCGUGGGAGGCAACUAUAAGGAUAACACAGGCUGCAACAAGAAGACGUGCCAACACGAUUUUCGGUACACAAGGAUCAUCACAGGUAGAAGAAGAAAAUGAUCAAGAGCAACAAGAAGAUAUUGAAGAGCACGCGAGCGGAGAAAUUUUCCAUGCAGAGAGAUUUCUCCCCAAUGGAGAUUACUAUAGUGGCUAUUGGCUUGAUAAUUUCCCUCAUGGACAGGGGAAAUAUUGGUGGACGGACGGAUGUAUGUACGUUGGAGAUUGGUUUAGAGGGAAAACGAUGGGGAAGGGGAUGUUUAGUUGGCCCUCGGGGGCAAUGUACGAGGGGAAUUUCAAGAGCGGAUUUAUGGAUGGAGAGGGGACUUACACGGGGCCUACUGGCGAUACGUAUAGAGGUUCUUGGGUAAUGAAUUUGAAACAUGGACAUGGCGUUAAGGAAUACGCGAACGGAGAUUGUUAUGAUGGGGAAUGGUGCAGGGGAUUACAAGAAGGAAAUGGGAGGUAUACAUGGAAGAAUGGGAAUUAUUAUGUUGGUGAAUGGAAGAAUGGGACAGUUUGUGGUAAAGGCAAAAUGUAUUGGCCUAAUGGGAAUGUUUAUGAAGGGAAUUGGGAAGAUGGAUUUCCUAAAGGAAAUGGAACAUUUAGAUGGAAUGAUGGGAGUUUUUAUGUGGGAAAUUGGAGUAAAGAUCCAAAUGAACAAAAUGGUACAUUUUAUCCAUCUGGAUCAUUGUUAGAAGGUGGCAAUCUUGAAUGGGAUCCUCAACAAGUUUUCAAUGUUGAUUUAACAGAAUGUACUAUUUGUCCGCCUGAGAAAGUUCCGAUAUUGCCUUCACAGAAAAAACUCGCGCUAUGGAGAUCAUCUAAGGCGGUGGACAACAACGUUAGACCUAGGAGAAUGUCCUUGGAUGGGAGAAUAGAUGCACCUGCUGUAGAUAGGGAAUUUGGGAGAAUACGUCUAUCGGAUGCUGCUGGAAAUUCUGCUAGUACUUCUUAUAAUUCGGACGAUUCCAUGGUUGGCUUGCAGGAAACUGAUGGAUAUUUAUUAAGAGGAAGCCCUAUUAGGAUUCCUAAGUUUGUAAAGAGGCAAGGUCAGACCAUUUCCAAAGGACAUAAGAAUUAUGAGCUUAUGCUCAAUUUGCAGUUGGGAAUCAGGCAUUCAGUAGGAAGGCCUGGUCCUCCUCCAUCACUAGAUCUCAAGCCAUCAGCAUUUGAUCCUAGAGAGAAGUAUUGGACAAGGUUUCCACCUGAAGGAUCGAAGAUCACGCCACCUCAUCCGUCUUGUGAAUUCAGAUGGAAAGAUUAUUGUCCAAAAGUUUUCAGGGCUUUACGGAUGUUAUUCAAAGUGGAUGCAGCUGAUUAUAUGAUAUCAAUUUGUGGUAAUGAUGCCCUCCGGGAGCUUUGUUCCCCUGGAAAAAGUGGAAGUUUUUUCUACUUGACAAACGAUGAUCGAUACAUGAUCAAGACAAUGAAGAAAGCAGAAACAAAAGUGCUUCUAAGGAUGUUAAGUGCCUAUUUCAAUCAUGUUCGCGCGUUUGAGAACACCCUUGUGACUAAGUACUAUGGCCUGCAUUGUGUGAAGCUAAGUGGACCAGCACAGAAGAAGGUACGGUUUGUUAUCAUGGGGAAUCUUUUUUGCACAAAUUACUCAAUUCAUAGACGAUUCGACUUGAAAGGAUCAACAUUUGGCCGAAUGACUGAUAAGCCAGAAUCAGAGAUUGAUGCAACCACAACCCUUAAAGACCUUGAUCUGAACUUCAUCUUCAGGUUACAAAAGACAUGGUUUCAGGAAUUCCGAAGGCAAGUUGACAGGGAUUGUGAGUUCUUGGAACAAGAGGGAGUGAUGGACUACAGCCUUUUAGUUGGAAUUCAUUUUAGAGAAGCAGAUAGUGGUGAAGACCAGACACCUUCUGGUUGUAGAACACCAAUUGAUAAUGGAGGCUCGGAAAAUGAAGCAGUUCCUCGUCUUUCUCGAGCAGAUAUGGAUCAGUUGCUUCUUGAUCAGGCAGGGUGGGCAAGCAUAAAAUUAGGAAUAAACAUGCCAGCAAGAGUUGAAAGGACAGAGAGGAAAAUGAGUGAAGGAGAGAUUCAGCUAAUAGGAGAAGCAACAGGAGAAUUGUAUGAUGUGAUACUGUUUUUUGGUAUCAUAGACAUACUUCAAGACUAUGACAUUACAAAGAAGCUUGAACAUGCAUACAAGUCUAUGCAAUGUGAUCCCAACUCCAUCUCUGCAGUCGAUCCAAAGGCGUACUCAAGGCGUUUUCGUGAUUACAUUUUCAAAGUUUUCAUAGAAGACAACUAAUUAACAUACAUAUAUGCUUCCCUUUCUCUGAGAGGGCUUCAAACUGCAAGCUAGCUUAAUUAGGACUCUCAGUACACCAUUUGUUUAUCUGCAGUUGAAACUCCUUCACUGCAUUUUCUCAUCUUAAAACUAUUCUUAUGAUCAUAGGUAUAUAUAUACACACACAAUUCAGGAUGAGUACUGUUGUAUAGAAAAAGUUGUAACAGAAGCAACAUAAAUGUGAUUGAUAUGAAAAUUGUUGUUUUAAGGUA